GUUGCAGGGCACAUUUGAGAAAUAACCAGUGAAGUAUUACUCUUAAAAUUAUGGAUAUUAUAGCAUUUUUAGCUGAUGUUCAUUCAAAAAAUUAAUUCCUCGGAAUAAAUAACAUUAUAUAGUAAAUACUGGAUACAUUUAUUACAGUUUCAAAUUGGUUUAUAGGCCAAUUUUUCUUCAAGAAAAGUUGCACAUUUUGAUUUUGUCAAAAAAAUAAAAAUCCAAGAUGGCUACAAUGACUGAAGUCCAGCCAGUGGAGGUGGUCCAAAUGAGAAUUCAACAGCGUUCAAAUCAUGCAAUGUCACAGAAUAAACAGCGUCAACGUGCGAUCAAACUUGAUCCAUUGCGUGCCCUUGAGCCAGCAAGGAAAAAAUUGACAACAGUGGAAUCGCAGAGAAUCUUAACUGUCCUCGAGGAGACGAUUAAACGCUCGGAAAUGAUCACGAUUUUGCCAUAUUUGAUGGACAAUAUGGAUCGAUUUGCAAUUGUACUUGGAAAUGAACUUGUCAACAUGUUGAAAACACAUAGAGUUAUGCUUGACAGUUACAAAGACUUGAAAAGUAACACAGAACGCUUGAUAAAGAAAAAGGACAGAAAAGGCUCCCCUAAACUUAAAGAUGAUGGGAGUAGAGCCAGCAGUGCAAGUAGUAUUGGAUCUUCAAGAUCAAUCGAUGAUAGGCUUGAAAGCUCCAUUCAUAAUUUACAUCUUGUCGCCAAUCAAAUCACACAAUCUUGCAAGAACAUACUCCGAGCAUUCAGUCUAAACCCCUCGGCUGUGAACACAUUGCGUGGAGAAAAGUCUUGGAGAAGUAUCGAUGCCAGAACACUUAUCGGAACGAUGUCUGAAUUGAAAGAAAUUAUCCUUGAGAAGCUUCUUACAACACCCGUUGAGGAACUUGAGAAGCAGAAAUACUUAGAACAGAUCACUGAUCGUGAACGACAAAAUGCAACAGUUAUUCAUAAACUAGAGGCUGAAUUGGCAGCUGCAGAGGAAGAUAAAGAGUCUGAGAUAAAGAAAAAGAAUGAUGUCAUCCGUAAGCUCCAAGCAGACCUCUUCCAAAUCGACAAAUUCUCCCAAGAACAUAUUAGACGCACAAAGCAAGAGGCGGAGAAACAGGAAUCGGCAGAUGUUAAAAAUAGCGAGGGUAAAAAACAGAAGCUUACACAAGAGGUGAAUCAGCUGUCUACACAAAUGGCAAACCUUGUGACAGAGCAUCGUGAACAUGAGCAGAGUUUAAGAAAGAGAAAAUACAAGAUAGAAACAGAAGUAGAAAACUGGAUCCAGAAAUAUGAUCAGGAUAUGGGUGAAAGACAAGAUGAAUUUGAAGAAAUUGAUGCUGUUUAUACUGAGGAGAAAAAGCAACUGAAUGAACUUGAAGAGAGAUUCAAAACAUUAGAGGCAGAGUAUAAUAGUAUAAUGGAGGAGAGACGGAUUUCUAGGGAACGUCGUGAAGCCCAAGAAAGAGAAAUGCAAGCUGCCGUCAAAGCUGCAACAACCAUCCAAGCAUACUGGAGAUCAUUCAAAGUUCGUAAAGCACUCAAAGCACGCAAGAAAGGAAAGAAAGGCAAAGGAAAGAAAGGGAAAAAAUAGAUAUGAACAUAUAAUUUUUGAGAGACUUUUAGUUUCAAGUGUAAAGUAGCCAAACAUGAUCUGUAUUUAUUUCGGGGAAAUAUGAGAAAUACUGUAAAACCUAAGUGAAACACCUUUGGUACCUCUAAAAGUGUUCCACUAAUAGAGGUUCAUUUAACAUUAAGCC